CCCCGCCCGCCCGCGACCCCUACCCGCGUCGGACCCCUUCCCUGGCCGCCCCGCCCCCCGUGGGCCUGGGGAUCUUGGGCUAAGGGCGGCGGCAGCAUGGAGGCGCGCUUCACGCGCGGGAAGUCGGCGCUGCUGGAGCGCGCCCUGGUGCGGCCGCGCACCGAGGUGAGCCUGAGCGCCUUCGCGCUGCUCUUCUCUGAGCUGGUGCAGCACUGCCAGAGCCGCGUGUUCUCGGUGGCCGAGCUGCAGGCGCGCCUGGCCGCGCUGGGCCGCCAGGUGGGCGCCCGCGUCCUGGAUGCCCUGGUGGCUCGCGAAAAGGGUGCCCGGCGCGAGACCAAGGUGCUGGGGGCUCUGCUCUUCGUCAAGGGCGCCGUGUGGAAGGCGCUCUUCGGCAAGGAGGCCGACAAGCUGGAGCAGGCCAACGAUGACGCGCGAACCUUCUACAUCAUAGAGCGGGAGCCGCUCAUCAACACCUACAUCUCGGUGCCCAAGGAGAACAGCACGCUCAACUGCGCCAGCUUCACGGCGGGCAUCGUGGAGGCAGUGCUCACGCACAGCGGUUUUCCGGCCAAGGUCACUGCUCACUGGCACAAGGGCACCACUCUCAUGAUCAAGUUUGAGGAGGCGGUCAUAGCCCGGGACCGGGCGCUGGAGGGCCGCUGACCCCGCGGGAGAUAAAGAGUGCAGAGAGCCCCCUUCC